AUGACUUCGCUGUCACCGAACCAGCCCUUGAGCUUUGGUGGCGGGCUGACUGGCCAGGACAAGACUCCCCUAUCAACCUUGAAUCUGGAUUCCCUGAGAACUUUGAAUGAUAAGAAGACGACAAGAGACGGCCAGCCACAGAAGCGACGCGGGCCCAAGCCAGACAGUAAACCGGCUUUGACCAGGCGACAGGAGCUGAACCGGCAGGCUCAGAGAACCCAUCGGGAGCGCAAAGAGCUCUACAUCAAGGCACUCGAGGACGAGGUGCUCCGGCUAAAGGAGAUAUUCAGCAACGUCUCGCAAGACAAGGAGCGGCUUGCCGACGAGAACAGGCAGCUCAGAGCCCUACUGGCCCAGAAUGGCCUUGGCGUUGGAUCCCUUACGGGCGGCAGCAGUGUGCAGGACGACUCGAUGAGCAACCCUAGCGUUGGUUACUCGCCCAACGGCAGCAUGGCAGGGAGCUAUAUCCUCGCGUCUACCAACACGAGUGUCUUCACGCCACCGCCGCCGUCGGUAGGCAGCGGAGGCCGCGGCGGCGGUAUUUCGCCCAACAGCGCGACCCACACCCACGGUCACCAUCACCAGCACUCCGGACAGAGCCAGGUGAACGUCGAACUAGGAACAGGAACUCAGUCGAGGCUGAACAUGAACGUGGACUAUGAGCAGGCCGGAAUUGACUUUGUAUUAACGCUCGAACAGCCCUGCAUGAACCAUCUCCCCUGGAUGCUCGAACGCGGCACUCGCGAGCCCUGCGGACACGCCCUGAUGGCUUCGUGCCCUCCGGAGCCCUUUUCCGAGCUCACGCCGGACAUCCCGUUUGGGCGAGACAGCCAUCACGGCCUCCUCCACCAGCAGCAUCGCCACCCUACUACGAAUAUCACCGAAAUCACCGCCAGCAACGCCAACAACAGCAGUAACGGACAAGAAGGCGGCGGCAACAUGAUUGGACAGGGGGAGCGUGCUCACCAUGGAACAGGCGGCGGAAGCACGUGGCAGCUGAGCAAGUCGGAUCUGACGACGCUGCUGGACCUGAGCAAAAGGCUGAACCUGGACGGGGAGAUUACGCCUGUCAUGGCGUGGGGGAUGGUGCUCGCGCAUCCGCGGCUUGGGGAGCUGAGGGGGGAGGACUUUGUGCGGUUGGCGGAGGAGUUGGGGGGGAAGGUGCGCUGUUAUGGGUUCGGAGCGGUGAUGGAGGAGUUUGAAGUGCGGGAUGCGCUGGAGAACGUCUUUUCUAUGAAGGGGGAUUAUGGGAUGGGGUAUUGA